UUUGCUUGACGGCUUACAUCAAGCCAGCACCUGAUGAGGAUCUUUUCGAGAGGAGGCACAAAUUUCCAGUAAAAUCAGUAAAAUGGCAGAGAGAUACGCAGAAAAAUCCGUGUACACAAAAUUCUGUGACUACAUGGACAAGGAGACGAGAGGUGUCGAAAUUGUAGUUUAUGCAGCUUCUGGGAUCUUCCUAGCAGUGGCAUGUCAUAGGAUUCGGCCGAUCACAAAAUUCCGUCAUCCAUCCCAAAUUCCAGCUCAUUUUAUUCGGAAUAAACUCAAGCAGUACGGAACAGUGAGCAGUGUGGAGCCAAGUCAGACAGCUGGGCCAUUGCUGAGAAUCAACCACAAGCCUCCCAUAAAUAUUUUCUUUGGAAAUAAGGAAACACUGCCGGUGAAAAUUGCCGGAGUGUCCGUCAAUCACAAUGGCUUAUCGUGGUUGCAGGGUGUCACAGUUGAUCGGAAGGUGGAGUUUAUUCCUCUCUUCAGGCACACCGAUGCAGCGGAAUGUGUGGUGUUUGUGCUUCCGAGUGAACAGGAGAGACGCCUCAAGAAGAAUCCACGAAGUCUCGAUGUGGCAGAAGCACUCCUGAGUUUGGGAUUUGCUCAAACCACCGGGAUUCCAGCGGAAGUACAUCAGAGCGACAAAAAAAUGCGCGACUACUACAAACUCCUGAGCUACGUGGAGAAGCGAGCAAAGAACAAACGUGAAGGUAUCUGGUCAACGAAGAUCCCACCACCUGUGUGGCCUCUUCGCGUCCUUCAAGACUCCUUUGAUCGUCUCCUCAUUUCCAUGCUGCCCAUGUCCCGUCGUCUACCUCAGCUUGUGCGCUAGAUGACAUCCUGAGUACAGAUGCCUUAGUGAUGGUCUCCCAGAGAGCUCAGCAAUUUAAAGUUUCUAUAAAUUUUGUUUUUAUCUAGUAAAGAAAUCCUUUUUUUAUUCAUCAAA